GUCAGAGAACAUGCCCGCAACUGGAGGCGUCUCGGAGAAGAGCGACUCCCAGCGUUUAUCUCCUACCACGUCUUAAUACAGAGUUCUCUAUUUGUAGAUGUGUUACAAGUCCUGGAAUGAUUUGAGGGAAUAAUUUGACAACACUUAGAUGCCUGGGAUCAUGAUAAAGAAAAUAAAAGAGAUGCUGUCGCCGACAACGGAGAUGGAUCCAGACACGAGUGAUGUCAGCACCGACGACAUUGACAACAAUGAUUGUCCUCAGCGUGACGGUACAGAAGAAGCAUGCAGGCCUCCAGUACACCAGCAGAACGUUUCGAUGGAGUUUAAACAAAUACUAGGGUCGAACAAAAGUGAUGUCAAUAAAUGUACAACAUCUGGUGUUUUCAUCAAUGAACAACACAUCCGUGAACAGCAUGUACAUACUGAGUCAUCCGAUGGUGUUGCAAUCUCUACUGACAAAGGUGUCAAGCCAAAAAUACGGAUAUCGGUUCCAGCAGAAAAUGGUAAAACAAUCGUGCAGGUUGAAUGUGCCAACAACAAGAUGACUUACUGUUGCUAUGAACAAGAUGAUGGUCAGGGACGGACUCUCGGGUCAACAUGGAAUUUUAAGAAUGUUGUGCACGGACUGAUAGAAAGCAUUGUGAGCGACGGUGAUUUCAUUGAGUUCAUUGAUAAACUGAAGGGACUUUAUAGUUGUAAAUUAAAAAAAAUGCACAACAAGUCAUGUCUUGUUUUGGAAUUUCUACAUGAUACUGAGGAAGAUAGAGGCAGAAUGAUGGAAGAUCAGGAAACGGUGAAGACAAUGUUUAAGAACUUUUUGCAAGGCAUUGGGAAGGAUGCUCCCAGCUGCAGUUUGCAAGUUUGCACUGAGCCGGCAACUGACAACAUCAGUGAUACCAGAGAAAGGGCGGAGAACAAAGAAGAUGCGGCCGCCUUGCCUUCACAGUCUUUGAGUGAAGAUGCGUAAAAGAGUGGUGCCACAGAUGAAAUGGCAGCAGAUACUGAACAUGCUGCCAGCCUGCCUUCAACGUCUGCGGCUGAAAUUGCGAAAGAAAGCAUUGGUGUAAAUCCAGAGGUUAUCCCAAUUGCAUCAAAUUUGUAAGAUGAACAAGUUGAUACUCUACAACCUGU